GGUCUAAAAUAUCCGCAACCCUAAAAUAAUAGCGGGUCACACUCCCUCCAAUUUUCCCCCAAUCUUUUUCGCCCUAGAAACUUCCGCCUCAACAACAACAAAAUACUCUCACGCUUCUUCUUCAUUAAUCAAGUUCUGCGCUGCUUCUUCUUCUUCAUUAAUCAACAAAAUACUCCCACAGCUUUUAUUCACUGAAAGAACAGCUGAAGAAUACAUUGUGCCUGCGAUUUUCUUCAGUGUAUUUUACUUUUGAACAGUGUAUUUUACUUAGAAUACAUUGUGCCUGCGAUUUUCUUCAGAAUCAACCCAUCCUCGUCACUUUGCCUGCGAUUUUCUUCUGCUGCGCCGAGGGACCUAUCGAAGCUUAAUUUCUCUUUUUCAAAGUUAAGGUCAUGCCUAAAGUAAAAACAAACCGUGUCAAAUAUCCAGAGGGAUGGGAGCUGAUUGAACCUACUCUUAGUGAGUUACAAGCAAAAAUGAGGGAAGCUGAGAAUGAUCCUCAUGAUGGCAAAAGAAAAUGUGAGGCUUUGUGGCCUAUUUUCAAAAUUGCCCACCAGAAGAGCCGGUAUAUUUUUGAUCUAUAUCACAGGAGGAAGGAGAUCUCCAAGGAAUUAUAUGAGUUCUGCCUAGAUCAAGGAUAUGCGGAUAAAAAUUUGAUUGCGAAAUGGAAAAAGCCUGGUUAUGAACGGCUCUGCUGUUUGAGGUGCAUGCAACCACGAGAUCACAACUUUCAAACAACUUGUGUUUGCCGAGUUCCACAGCAUCUUAGGGAGGAGAAGGUUAUUGAAUGUGUCCAUUGCGGCUGUAAAGGUUGUGCAAGCGGAGAUUAACCUGUUCUUUAGAAUCAACUAGUGCUUAAUUUUACAUGUUUUGUACUUGUAGUAAACCUACAUUAUUCAAAGCACUGAUCAAACGAUGUCUAGAACAUCGUAGUCAGUUCAAUGCUUGAGGUUGUGUUGGAUGAGAUAACAACUGUGGUCGCAGUACCUAUUGUAACCUGUGUAACCUAUUUAUCGUAGACUACUUGCCUUAAGAUAGUUUUGAUGGUUGUUUGCAAGUUAAUCCUUACAGCA